AUGGCCGCUGACGACCUCGAAGUCUCUUCCCGGGUUAUCCUCAAAGGAUCCGGUAACUGGGACGUGUGGACAAGUAUAAUCCGCAAGUUCGCGAAGAGUCAACAUGUCUGGGAAUAUGUUGACCCUGAUGCUGUACACAAGCCAGUUCUGACGCUGCCAGUCGAACCGACGCCUGGACAAGCCCAGACAAACGCCACUGACAUACAGCAAUUGCAAGGUGAUAGUCUUAGCAAGUUCCAAAUCCUUGAGGCAAGGCAUCGAAGCCAACUUCAGAUCUACAAGGACAGGACCAAAGCUUUGGCGACACUACAAGAAUACAUCGUCAAAACCGUUGGCAGGUACUAUGAUAUCAUUGCCAAGGAAGACGAUGCCGCAAAGGAACUCAUGAUCCUGAAGAACCGUGUCAAACCAACUGACUGGGCUCGGGAGAGUGAAGUCACGGAUCGAUAUUACUCUACGCUUAAGGCAGUCAGCAGAACAAAGGUCGAGGAAUGGAUCUCGAAAUGGCAAAUCGUAUUGAACGAAGCCAAGAAUCUUGAUUUCACUUUUGGGACAAUUUGUGGCUGUGCGCUAGGCAGCAAUGGAACGGCAUGGUACUGUCCCGCAGCCGACCACCAGCCUAACCCCGCAGUCUUAGUGACGCCAAAUCACGGCCAUCUGCUUCCGUAUACUUAA